AAAGUGGAGAUACAAGUUCUGAAAACUGCCAAAAAAAAAAAAGACACUAUAAAGCUGAAGAUCCAACGGCAUAUAAUGCAUGCCACUAAUGUCAAGUUUUAAUUAUUUGUAAGUGCAUAUUGUUAAAGUGAUAUUUGUGGCUUGAAAAGAUGAACUUCCUUGGCCUAACAGAAACUGAUGAGUGUGAAUAAUAAAUGACAUCUGCAGGAAUAGCUUCUGGAUGUCUUAUUCAGUAAGCUUUGUGUGUGUGAAUGUAUGCAUGAUAUCUUUGAAAUGAUUGCUGAAUAUUUUAUCUACUGCAAAUUUGCAAACCCUGGUGAUUCUUUGACUGUCUUGGUAUGAGUCAGAAUGAGGCUGAAGCAGGAUGUGAGUCCAGUAGUGGUCGUCAUAUUCAGGCUGGUGGUUUGGCUGUACUCUCUCAUCUCUUACCUGCCGUACCUGUUGCUGAGAUCGUCCGACUCACAGACGUUCUCCGAGUGCUCACGGAGGGUGAAGGCCCGUUCUGUGAGCGGACACCCUUCGGGACCAUACCGGGACAUCGGAGCGCUGAGGGUGCUGGCCACAUGCCUACAGCCCGGGGUGAACACACUCGACCUGGUGUUUGAAUCGUCCGUAUGCCGCUUUCCUCACUUCGACUGCCUGGGAACCAGAGAUCUGCUGAGUGAGGAAGAUGAAACUUCAGAGGAUGGAAGAGUCUUCAAGAAGGUGAUUUUGGGAGAGUAUCGCUGGAUGUCGUAUGAUCAGGUGUAUAAAGAAGUGAGAGCUUUCGGCAGCGGUUUGGUUGCUCUUGGACAGAAACCUCUGAAAAACAUUGCCAUCUUCUGUGAGACGAGAGCGGAGUGGAUCAUAGCGGCACAGGCCUGUUUCAUGUACAACUUCCCAUUGGUCACUCUUUACUCUACUCUGGGUGGUCCUGCUAUUGCUCAUGGACUAAAUGAAGCUGAAGUUUCUCACAUCAUCACCAGCAAAGAACUUCUGGAAACCAAACUCAAGAGUAUUUUGCUAGAGGUGCCGAGAUUACAACACAUUAUCAUUGUGGACGAUAAACUCAAGAGCGGCUCUGAAUACCCGCAAGGCAUCAGUGUCCACAGCAUGGUGGCUGUGACGAGGCUGGGGGCCCAUCCUGAGAAUGCGUCGAGGCAGAGACGGCCUCCGUGUGCGGCUGAUGUGGCUGUGAUCAUGUACACCAGCGGCUCCACCGGCGUGCCAAAAGGAGUCAUGAUCUCUCACAGUAAUAUUAUUGCUGGAAUCACUGGCAUGGCCGAGAGGAUUCCCAGCCUCGGUGAGGAUGACACAUAUAUUGGCUACCUUCCACUGGCUCACGUGUUGGAGUUGAGCGCUGAGAUGGUGUGUUUGGCUCACGGCUGCAGAAUCGGCUACUCUUCACCACAAACACUCACAAACCAGUCCACCAAGAUAAAGAAGGGAAGCAAAGGAGACAUUAGCGUCCUGCGGCCCACUUUAAUGGCAGCAGUACCAGAGAUAAUGGAUCGGAUCUACAAGAAUUUGAUGCUGAAAGUGGAGGAAAUGAGUGUUUUUCAGAGGACUCUCUUUCUGUUGGCCUACAACUAUAAGAUGGAGCAGCUUGCGAUGGGAUACAGCACACCGCUGUGUGACAAACUGGUCUUCCAGAAGGUUCGAGCGUUGUUAGGAGGCCGUUUGCGGGUGUUAUUGUCAGGCGGAGCACCUCUGUCUGCUGUGACCCAGCGGUUCAUGAACAUCUGCUUCUGCUGUCCUGUAGGUCAAGGCUACGGCCUCACGGAGACCUGCGGUGCUGGGACCAUCAGCCAGCUUUGGGAUUACAGUACAGGACGAGUUGGCGCUCCACUGGUUUGCUGUGAAAUUCAGCUGAAGGACUGGAUAGAGGGCGAUAUGUCUGGAGGUUUGCUACGCAGAGAAAAAGAUCAGCAGAACAAAAGAGAAGGAAGUGGAAAAAGCAUUAAAGGUGGAUAUCGCAGCACAGACCGGCCCUGUCCGCGAGGGGAGAUUCUGGUCGGAGGGCCCAACGUAACCAUGGGUUACUAUAAGAACAAACAGAAGAACAGUGAGGACUUCUUCAUGGAUGAGAAAGGCCAGCGAUGGUUCUGCACUGGAGACAUCGGCGAGUUUCAUGGAGACGGCUGUCUGAAGAUUAUCGACCGUAAGAAAGACCUGGUGAAGCUUCAAGCGGGAGAAUACGUGUCUCUGGGAAAAGUGGAGGCCGUUUUGAAAAACUGCCCACUUGUUGACAACAUCUGUGCCUAUGCCAACAGUGAUGAGUCUUAUGUGAUUGGCUUUGUGGUGCCCAAUCAGAAGCAGCUCCUGGCGCUGGCUGAGAGGAAGCGUGUCAGAGGUUUGUGGGAGGAGCUCUGUAACAACCCCGUCAUCGAGGAGGAGGUGCUUAGAGUCAUCACAGAAACGGCACUGACAGCCCAGUUGGAAAGAUUCGAGAUCCCAUGGAAGAUCCGCCUGAGCGUUGAGCCCUGGACCCCAGAGAACGGCCUGGUUACAGAUGCUUUUAAACUCAAACGAAAGGAGCUAAAAUCUCACUACCAGAAUGACAUUGAGAGGAUGUAUGGUGCCAAAUAGAGUCAAACCACUGCUGAUUCCAGACAAAACCACUGGACAGACAAGAAAAAGUUACUUAUCUCACUAUAGCAACCUCCAAUCAGGAUGGAGAUUUCCAAUGGAUGUUACAGACGUGAACAUAAUCGUUUGGAAAUGUUUUCAUACAUGAUGACCAACACUCACAACAGCAGUACUUAAAGGUGCCAAAAGUGAUGUUAGCCUUGCUAACUUCUACCAGACUUAGCUAAAUUGAAGCUGUUAAAUCCCUUCCAAAUACACACAUGCUCUCCAAAACACUGCAAUGUCAACAAAUCAGAAAAGCAAAAAGUUUCAGUGCUGUUACAUGCAUUCAAAUAAUCCAAUAAUAAUGGCUCAAUCGGACUGAAAACCUUCUUGUAAACACCUCGAUUGAGCUGACUGAGCUUGAUCCAAAUGACAUUUCGAUGAGAUUGAAAAAAAAAAUCUGUUCAGUCGGAAAAAAUUCAGAUUAUCAUAUUCAAAAAUAGCUUGCACAUUUGUGCAAUGCAGAUAAGUGUUUUACAUCAUUCAAAGUAUGUUUAUACACAUGUCACAUUUAAUUAACUGGUCAAUAGAGGAGACAGAAUAUGUACUAAAUUCAGUAUUGGCUAAAAAAAAAAAAAAAAAAAAAAAAACAAUCAGUUCUUACAUAUCUGUCAGUUUUCGUUUUAGAAAUCGAGGCAAAAACUGCAAUUAUGCUUGCAGCAGCUCAGGUGAAAGUGCUGGAUUGGAUUCAAACCAAUUGACAAAACAUUUGUGCAUGUAAACAUACUUAAUGUGAUUUCUCAGGACAUUUUAUGCAUGUUAUUCCCCAAAAAAGCUUUAUCAUGGCUUUAAAUAUUUCCCAUGAUGCUUUGGAUCUCCAAAAUGUUGCUCAGAUUCCAAAAGUCAGUUUCACAGCAGGUCAGUCUCUCUUUGUCGCACUAGACUGUCCCAGUUCUUGUUCUUCCCCAUACACAUUGCAUUAUGGGAUGUUUUUCUAAGCUCACGUUCUCAUUGAAACCUUUAAUAUUCAUUAAUAUCUUAAUGAAACUCAGUUUACAUCAGCAAUUUUCUCUCCAAACACAUCUGGAAUACUAAAGCCAUUAUUUGCUUUUUUCAAUCUUUCCGUAACCUUCAUUAAAUACUGUCAGAAGGAGACCAAUGAUCUAGAAAAAUAUUUUAUAUUUUAGCUUAAUUUAUUGUGACAAUAAUUAGAUUUAUUUAAAUAUGAUAACUUGCUUAUUGGAGAGUAUGAAAUCCCUAAAGCGUUUCUGCUCAUUGGAUGAUUCUGAUUGAUGUUUUAAGACUGGAAUGUUCCUGUUGGGUGACUGUAUAUACUGCUGGACAGGAUAAUAGAUCUAGUAUAAUUAUACUAAUAUAACCAUUCAGACAGUUCCAUUUAACUUUUUGACAUGAUUUUGCUCAUUUCAGGGAGGUUUUCCACUCUUUGUCUAUAGACAAAUUGACAUGUGCUUAAAUUGUUUCAGAGCAAGUUGAACUGUUUUAUUUAGAAAUAAAGAAGAGACCAGAUAAGACUUGAUGCAAAUUGAGUUGUAAAUUCUUAAGAUUUUGCUGGUUUGCCCAAGGUUUGGCUGGUUACCUUAACUAACUAGUCUGUGUUUUUGGUCAAAUGGGCAAAAAAAAAAUUCUCAAUUGAAGGCUAUUCCAAAUCUAUGGAAGCCGUUUCCGCCACUGAAUAAAAAAAUUAAUAAAGCAAGGUAAUUGCAACUUUUUUUCUCACAAUUCUGUUCACAAUUACAGAAUUGUGUGAUACAAACUCGCAAUUCUGACUUUUCUCAGAUUUGUGAGACUUAACAAGUUAUAAAGUCAGAAUUGUAAGAUAUACAGUUCAAUUCUGAGGAGGAAAAAAAAGACCAUUUUCCUACAACUGAUCCAAUUCUCAUAAGUUUAUAUCUUGCAAUUCUGACUUUAUUUCUCAGAAUUGCAAGUUUAUAUCACACAAUUGUGAGAUAAAAAGUCAUAAUUACCUUCUUGAUUUUUAUUCAGUGGAUGAAACAGGCUUCCAUAAAAAACAGCCAUGUAUUCUGAAAUAAACUGAAUAUAAACUGACAAGAAAAAAUUCUGUGUAUUGUAUUAGAUGUUGUAUCUUUUUGGCAGGUUUUUAACAAUGGGGGAAAAAUAUAUUCUCUCUCCCUGCUGCAGAGAGCACUAAUAUAGUGAUCAGUCAGGUGACAUUUAUGGCUCAAAAAUACUGCUUCAGAAUAAAGUGUGCAUGAAGUAAAAAUAGAGCUGAAUAUAGAUGUAUGAUGUUUUUUUAUUCAUAGCUGAUCUCUGAUCAAUAAAAGCGCUCCCUGCCCUUCUCUUUUUCUUUCCUCUGUUUGUUAAAUGAACUUACUGCGAUCCCUGUGGAAGCGGCAAUCGUAAACUCUCUGUUCUCGUUGUUUAUUUCUCUCACGCUCUCUCUCCUCUCAACAUUAUUACUUUGUCCUUUUGGUCCUACACUGUUUGGUGCCCCUGAUAAUAGUCUGUUUUGAACUAAAAUUAAAUCAGACAUUGCUAUAUUAGGCCAUAAGUUAUUCAUUUUGUCAUUUGCCUUAAAAUUGAUCCUGUGAAGUUGAGAUAAUGGAAUAAAGGGCUACCCUGUGCAAAACUCAA